AUGGCGCGAAAUUCGGAAAAGGCGCAGUCCAUGCUGUUUCGCUUUCGAGCAGCCCAAGCUGCCGAGUCAGGACUCCUGCCCAGCUCCUCGCUCCGUCGACCAAAAGCGCCGAGCACAGUGACGACGAUCCCUCUGUGCGAGAAAUGGCGCGGGCAGGUCCUCAAAGAGAUAUCGCGCAAAGUGACCAAGAUCCAAGACGAGAGCCUGUCGGACUUCCAGGUGCGCGACCUCAACGACGAGAUCAACAAGUUGAUGAAAGAGAAAUGGGGCUGGGAACGCAGAAUCAGAGAACUAGGCGGGCCGAACUACAUGCGCGGCGGGGGGACCGUGUUCGAUGACCAGGGUCGCGAAGUGCCCGGUGGAGGGAAAGGAUACAGAUACUUCGGCCGGGCAAGGGAGUUGCCGGGGGUCAAAGAGAUGUUUGAACGCGCCGUGAAGAGAAGGGUGCAUGGAAACGAAGACGAGGACGGCGAUAAACCGAAGCCGGGACAGGAUAUCAAUCGCAAGAACCUCGACGCUAGAUAUUUCGGUUUCGGGCCCGACGAGGAAGAUGGCUCGUUGCUGAAAUAUGAGCGCCGGAAGGAGAAAGAAGCCAUAGAGAGAGUCGCGAAGAUGGCGGAUAGCGAGGAUGAUGAUCCAGAUUGGGAGCCGUUACCCGGCGAUGCUGGUGAUGGCAUGAGAUGGCGGUUGCCAACAUUGCAGGAGGUCCAGGAGGAACUUGUUGAUCGACGGCGCAGACAGUUGCUUGACAGAUUGGUCUGA